UUAGAAAAUGUUUCAGUGUGGAAUUUGUUUUGAUUUUUUUUUUUUUUUUUGAUAUACUGAUAAAAUGUCCAUAUGGACCAAUUUACGAAUAAUAUUAAGAAAAUGGAAUGAUCGUUUAAAUUUUAUUGAAAAAUUCAUCAUAUUUGCACUUCUAGUCGCCUUUUUAUUUCCACUUACUUUACCGAAUUCUUAUCAUUUUGGUUAUAUUGAAAUUCGUCCACCAAAAUUAUUAUGUCCGCACAAACAAUUUAAUUUGUAUAGAAAUGCUAAUGGAUAUUUUAACAAUUCUGAACAAUUAGCCACUGUUGAUUAUGGUGGCCGAUAUCAUAAUAAACACUGUGAUUCGAAUCGUAAACAACGAGUUGCAAUUAUUGUGCCUUUUCGUAAUCGAACCGAGCAUUUAACAAUAUUCCUACAACAUAUGCACAGUUUUCUUAUCAAACAGAAUCAAAUUGAUUAUCAGAUUUUUAUUAUUGAACAAGCUGAUGAUAAACCAUUUAAUAGAGCCAAUUUAUUAAACAUUGGUUUUCAAGAAUCUCUUGGUCUUGAACAUGAAAUUGAUUGUUUCAUAUUUCAUGAUGUUGAUAUAUUGCCUUUGAAUAUUGAGCAAACAUAUUCCUGUACAAAAUUGCCCAAACAUUUGUGCUCAUAUUUGGAUAAAUUUCGUUUCGUUCUAAUUUAUCCAACAUUGUUUGGUGGUGUUAUUACAAUAAGCAAGGAACAAUUUCGUCAUGUAAACGGUUAUUCAAAUCUGUAUAGUGGAUGGGGCGGCGAAGAUGAUGAUUUCUAUCAACGAAUUAAACAUAAUUUUGGUCUUAUUGAACGAUAUCCACAGAAUGUUGCUCGAUGUACGAUGAUCAAACAUGGUCAUGAAGGACAAUCAAAUGUUGAAAGACAAAAAUUAUUGGCUAAUGUUUUAGAUCGAAUAUCUACUGAUGGCCUAUCCACAUUGAAUACCACAUAUGUACGAAAAUCAAUUGAAUUUUAUCCAUUAUAUACAAAAAUUCAAGCCAUACUUAAUGAAUAAUAAUAAAAACAAAUAAUCAUGACUAUCAUAUAAUAAAACUUGAAGUAUUUUGUCUUUA